AUCACGCUGCACAAUGGUUUCCAGGCAGUGAAAGAGGGUGAUUCAGCAAGCCACUCUUUCUUUCCCUUUUAUUUCAUUAUUAUCAUAUGUUUUUCCUCCCUUUCCCCCCUCCUGCUUUAUUUUUUUUCCCCAGGGAUUUUAUUUAGUACACUUUUAAAAUUGAUUUGCCUUGAAGUCACCUGCCCAUCAUUAUAAUUAUUUUUUUUUAAUACCCCAUCUCUUCCUCCUCAGUUUGGAAUGUGGUUAAAAAUACCACGUAAGGUUGCAGUUUGAGGGAAGGGUUGCUGUACCGGGAGCAUAGUUCGCAGGCACGGAAUGGGCUAGCAUUAGAAAUUGGUACCAGCAGCAGGCCAGAUUCAGCUAUGGGAAUUCAGGCAUGAAGUUGACCCCUCCCAAUCAUUUCCUAUAGAUGAGACAUAGCACAAGCUGUGGUUUGGAUAAGUCUGACCAGAGAAAUAGCUUGAUGGAUGGUGGGGGAUAGCUGGAGACAGAAAUUACAAAGCAAGGGUAUUUAUGAGCCGCCAUUACUUGUACUACUGCAGUGAACCUACCCUGGAUGUGAAGAUUGCCUUUUGUCAGGGAUUUGGGAAACAAGUGGAUGUGUCAUAUAUUGCCAAACAUUACAACAUGAGCAAAAGCAAAGUUGACAACCAGUUCUACAGCGUGGAAGUAGGUGAUUCGACCUUCACCGUUCUCAAGCGCUACCAGAACUUAAAACCUAUUGGCUCUGGGGCUCAGGGAAUAGUUUGCGCUGCAUAUGAUGCUAUCCUUGACAGAAAUGUGGCUAUUAAGAAGCUCAGCCGACCAUUUCAGAAUCAAACACAUGCCAAACGGGCUUAUAGGGAGCUGGUCCUCAUGAAGUGCGUGAACCAUAAAAAUAUUAUCAGUUUAUUAAAUGUCUUCACACCACAGAAGUCUCUGGAGGAAUUCCAGGAUGUUUACCUGGUAAUGGAAUUGAUGGAUGCCAACUUGUGCCAGGUGAUUCAGAUGGAAUUAGACCAUGAACGAAUGUCUUACCUGCUCUACCAAAUGCUGUGUGGGAUCAAGCACCUUCACUCUGCGGGAAUCAUUCACAGGGAUUUAAAACCAAGUAAUAUUGUGGUAAAGUCCGAUUGCACGUUGAAGAUUCUGGACUUUGGACUGGCCAGGACUGCAGGCACCAGCUUCAUGAUGACUCCCUAUGUGGUGACACGUUAUUACAGAGCACCAGAGGUCAUCUUGGGAAUGGGCUACAAAGAGAACGUGGAUAUAUGGUCUGUGGGAUGCAUUAUGGGAGAAAUGGUUCGCCACAAAAUCCUCUUUCCAGGAAGGGACUAUAUUGACCAGUGGAAUAAAGUAAUUGAGCAGCUAGGAACACCUUGUCCAGAAUUCAUGAAGAAGCUACAACCCACAGUGCGGAACUACGUUGAGAACCGACCUAAGUAUGCUGGUCUCACUUUCCCCAAACUUUUCCCAGACUCUCUCUUCCCAGCCGACUCAGAACACAACAAACUCAAAGCCAGCCAAGCCAGGGACCUUUUGUCAAAGAUGUUGGUGAUUGACCCAGCCAAGCGGAUAUCAGUGGAUGAAGCCUUGCAGCAUCCAUACAUUAACGUGUGGUAUGACCCUGCGGAAGUGGAGGCGUGGAGUGUUUUCUGCUCACCAGACUUUAAAAAGCCUCCUCCUCAGAUAUAUGAUAAACAGCUGGAUGAAAGAGAACAUACGAUUGAAGAAUGGAAAGAAUUGAUCUACAAGGAAGUAAUGAAUUCUGAAGAGAAAACUAAAAAUGGAGUAGUUAAAGGACAGCCUUCUCCUUCAGGUGCAGCAGUGAACAGCAGCGAAAGCCUCCCUCCAUCUUCAUCUGUUAACGACAUCUCCUCCAUGUCCACUGACCAAACCCUGGCAUCUGACACCGACAGCAGCUUGGAAGCUUCUGCGGGACCCCUCGGUUGUUGCAGGUGACUAGCCGCCUGCCUGCGAAACCCAACGUUCUUCAGAAGAUGAGGCAAUUUAGGGGGAAAGUAAUAACAAGAAUAAACAAUGGAAAGGAAGAGAAACAAAAGAUAAAGAUUUAAAUGAAACAAAACCCUUUUCAGCCUGCUUCUCCUACAGAGUUAUGUAAUGCAGCUAAGCUCAAGUAUAUAUUUAACUUAUAGUUGCUCUGCUUUGGUCUUCUUCCAAUGAUGCUUACUGAAAAAAAAAAGGGAAUUAAAGAAGCCUUUUUUUUCCAAAAAAUGUAAAAUUAAUGGCUGCAAAACCAGCAACCUGCAACCGUCCUUUUCACACUGGCAUGAUAAGGUGUGCAGUAGCCACUCUACGUAUGUAUGUGUGUGUGUGUAUCUGAUUUCACGAUCUUGCUAAUCUAUUUUAUCUACUUAUGCCCACUUAGACAGAUAUACACACACUUAUCUCAGUACAUGUACAGCACACACACAAAUGUGUAUGAUAGUAUAUGCAACUGUGUAUCUCUAUUCAUUAUAUACAGAUACCCAGUAUGUACUCUAGAACUAAUUGGCCCAUUUCAUUUGACCUACAUAAAUACAUCUGUAAUAUACUGCCAGUAUAUAAUCUGUUCAAUUUGUUCAUUAAGUUGUAUAUCAUAUAAGAUUUGUAAAAGCAAAAAUAAUAAGUCAAGCCUGAGCUCUCUCAGACCCUUGAAGAUGUAGCACCCAAAUUUCAACUGAUAUAUAUAUUUUUAAUAAUACUGGUUUGUAUGGAGGAUGCACCGAGUGGAGAUUUACAAGGAAAAUGUGCAUCAGUGGUGCAUGCUAACAUUUGUUGCUUUGAUUUUUAGAACAGGUGAGAGUUAGGACAAGGUUAAAAGGAAGCACAGCUGUCUUUGGGAGCUGUUAGGGUUGAGGAUGGAGGAGUUGUCCUGUGAAUAUCUCAGCCCACAAGGACUUCAGAGACAAACUUUUCAUAGUGAUAAUACAGUGAGUUAUUUUUCUUAGCUUAUAGAUAGGCUUAUCAUUGUUAAUUAUAAUGUGUACGUGUGUGUUAGGGGCUAAAAUGUGCGGGGAUAGGCUCAGAUAACAAGAAGGAUGUACACAAUUUUUAUGUAUCAUGUAUGACUAGGUGCUUGGAAAGCCAGGAUUGCAGACAAGGGAUGUUUGCAGUCUACCCCCUCUCUAGGUAUUUGUUGCUGCAAAGGAGCUGAAUUUCCUUUAAAUAAUUUCCCUUGUGGGAAUUACAUUACUUGGACAACAUUGAUUCUAUAGUUCCUUUCAGCCUUUUUUCCCACCGGUAACAAAUCAGCUUCAUCAACAUAGCAGAUUAGUAAAUUGAAUGGUCAAAUAUUCUCAUACAUUUAAUAGGCUUUGCCUUUGUUUAACAGCCAGAAGCCAAGCUGGGAAUGUAACAAUCAGGGUCUCAGGCAACUUUUGCAUAUUUCUAAAGAAGCCAAUAUUGAGUAAAUAUUCAUUGGAUUUUGACAGAUAAUAAUACUUUGAACUUGCCACAGAGAGGAGUGUCAGGUCUUUUAGCAGCAUACAGCAACACUACACAAUUGUUCAGGGCAAGUGAAGAACAGUUUUUCGUCCUGAAACAGCAAUGAGGAUUUUAGGUAGGCAAAAUGCAAUUGUCUGAGUUGGAAUUUAGCCAGGAUUCUAGGGUUCACAUCUCUCUCCUCUUAUUCAAAUGUGCUGUGCCAUCUGUAAUGUAUGCCUCAUCCAAAUGGCAGGAAGAGUUAAUAUAAAUAGCUUAUUCUAUUUAACUGUAAUGUGUGACAAUUUUUGAAUCUACAACUAUUUGAUUGGACAGUUGACAAAUCUGUCAUCCCUAAGCUGGGGAAAAUAUCUGAAUAUCAGCUGAGAUUUUGUCCAAAGUAAAAAGCAAACAAGAAAGCUUCCACUCAAGUAUGUAAAAUAAAAAUAAAGAAUAAAUGUAAUGUAAUCUCAGAGUUAGUUGCUCUGAGUGGUCUUGAACUUACACUAUAAAGUAAUUUUUCCCCAGGUAUGUUUUGGUGGCUUUUUUUCAUAUAUUGAAAACAAAAUUAUGUAUGUGAUUUUUCUAAAUACUCAGUUACAGCAGUAGGUGUGAAAGCAAUAAGUAUAAACAAAUUACUACUGCUAAAUAGAUUUAGCAAUAUUCUCUUUUAAAGCCAUGAAACAUCAAAUCAUUGUUUAGCAACAUGACCUUAAUCCAGCCUCAGGUGAAUGCAAAUACUAGUGAAAGGGUUUAAAGGGAUACCGCACGCAUUGUAGGUGUGUCAAAAGCAGUAACACUGAGGGGGACUCCUUAGCAAUAAUAGCAGUUAUCAGCUCCAGAUUUCAAUCUUCAUACAUCAACACUAGUAAAAUAUAGAAAAUUCACGUCCAUUUUAUAUCCUCUUGGCGUGCAGCAUUUUGGGUUGUCUUCUCAACCAAAAAAAGGGUGAGCCACUUGGAGUGACAGAUUAUUAAAUGAGUGUAACUAACUACAAACAUGCCAUAGACUUGAAGACUUUCAGAACAAUUUCAGUGCAGUGAACAUAGCUACAGGGGCAGUAACUGGGAAGUGCUUUUUGGAGAGCUACUUAAGGUGUGUGGAAACUCUCCCAAAUUUAAUCUGUCAAAACUAGAACAAUGACCACUCUCUUGUGCAAUACUAUUCACUUUUCCCUGGGCUCAUGAAAAGGGGUGCAGUCAGACGUCCUAGUGAUUGUAUUUCUUAUCAUAGGGAUUCCUAUAGUGGCAGUUUAUCUAAAUGCCUGUCUAAGGCUCUGAUUCAGCAAAACACCAAUGCAUGUGCCUAAGUAAGUCACACACAGGUCAAUGGGGCUUAUACUUAAGCAUGUGCUUUAGUCCUUUGCUGAAUAGGGAUGAACCUACUUAAGUGCUUUCCUAAAACAACAAUCAUUUCUUGUUGUCCUUAAAUUUGUCAAUCUUCCUUUUGGGCAGCUCUGCUCUUUGAAGGGUGCAAGGCUCUCCACUCUGGACAAAGCUAUCAGCAAAUGAGCAAUAGACCUUGGCGGAUCUGUCAGAGCUGGAGUAACAACCCCUCAAACAUGAAUAGUAUCAUUCAUUUUCCCUUGGCUCAGGAAGUUGAUGCUGUCAGCAUGUAACCUAAAGGAAUACAGGUACCAAUCAACUAGAAACGACAGUGACUGAUGCUCUGUAAAUACCUAUGGAUGGAUAAAAAUCUUCAUAGUUUCUAGAAGUAUCAGACAUCUGUGUUUCAAGCCUUUUCCUUAUUAGUUCAAUAUUGUAGCCAGCAUGAAAUGAUGGUUGCUCUUACUCUCCCUCUUGCCAGUGAUUUUUAAAUCUACCUGUUUUUAAUAAUGUUAAUUAAUACCUCACACUUGUAUACUUUUAUCUGAAGCUUUCAAAGUGCUUUACAGUUAAAAUAAUGGAGAGAAUGACACACAUUCUGGCUAAGGGCUAAAUUUAAUGCCUGAAGCUGCAGAUAGGCACCUAUGCACUUCUGAAAUAUCCCACUAGGCGCCUAUCUAUCUCUCAUUGAUUUCCAUUGAAGUUAGGUGCCUAGGUGCUUUUGAAAAUUCCAUUAGGCACCGAUCUGCAUCUUCAGGUGUCUGAUAUCUUUAAAUAUCUGCCCUUAAAUGACUUUUUAAAAUCAUGUUGAUAGCCACCUGCAGAGUAAGGUGAUCUCUGUUCUGAACACUAAUUAAAGUCACUUUAAGAAAGUGUAAAUGAAGGAAAUGGUUGAAGAACCUUUCCAAUGGGGCUACUACAUCUUCAGGGGCAUCUUUCUAAGUUUCUGGAUGGUAUGAGAACCCUACAGGAAUUACAGUGUACUAAUGCUUCCAAGAGAGUGGUAUUUUUCCUUGAUUGAACAUGAAGGAGGUUGAAGUAAACAGAUGGUUCUGCAGGUCUAUUGGUAUUGAGAUUAACCUUGCUCCUACAUACUUAAGGGAUGUUGGAAGAGUGGUUUCUUUUUAGGUUUGCUUUGGUUAUGCAACACCCACAAUGCAUGACUGACUAAUCAUCUCCCUUAUAGAAAAAUAUAGAAUGUAAUAGAAAAUAAUCACCAGCCUAUAGAAUUUAAAUAGAGGUAUACUUUUCUGCUGUAGGAUUCUAAAGAUUGAUUAAAGAAAUCUACAAAAAAGGAUAAUAUCCACAGAGCCCUACUGGUUUCAAUAAAUUCUAAAGAAACAUUCCAUGAGGAUUGUAAUGUAUCUUUAGACAAUUAAAGUAUUUCUUUAAGUUGGCCCAACACUGAGAUUUUUGCAACUCACAUUCUUAUUCUGAAUUAUUCUAGUUUACAUGGGAUUCCUGAUGUAACCUCAAGUUCAGAAGAUUACUAUAUUGCAUAGCAUUUAAGUGGAAGUACAUUCAUGCUAGCUUAUUUUGUUUAUCAAAACCAGAACCAAGAUGACUCAUACAUCCUUAAGUCAUUGCAUUUUUCCGUUUGAAAUUCUUUUCUUCAUGGCAUAAAUCUGUAACUCCAAGGGGUGGCAACAUUGGCUAGAUCAGAUGAUAAUGUGUCAGUACCACUCUGCUAAAUUUACAAGCCAAGAUGAGGCUCCCAUCAGUUUCACCUUCAGGCUGUUACCUGGUGUUUACUGAAGAAACUAGACUUAUGUCAGUGCCCUGAGGGCAAUUUCCUUAACACUGUCCCUUCAUUAAAUGCAAUCCAAGUUAAUACUAUUCAGUAGAGCUGGUUGGAAAUUUUCUAACAUUUUGUUUUUCAUCUGAACAUGCAGAUUCAUCAGAACCCAAACUGUUUGUGAGAAAAAGUUGGUUUUGAUGAAGGUUCCAAUUUGAAAAAUUUUGGAGGGAAGAAAAAGUUUUGAAAUUGCCACAACAUCCCAAUUGACCUGAUCUAAUUUGUAUUAUUAUGACCAGUUUGCAGAAAAUUUUUACUUUUUGUCCCUAUUUGGGACAAGACAAAUCUCUAAAAUUCUCAUAUUUCCUACUCAGCUAUAUUCUUUAGUGUUUCUGAGGAGAGGAACACAGAACAAAAACCUGUUGGGAAGGAAUGAGAGUUGUGUUUGCCUGACUAUUUAACAAAAAUCUGAGUUAGGUGUUUAGGUUUGUAUUUUUUGUGUGUGUGCACAAGUGUGUGUGUGUUUGUUUUUUAGGUUCUUAGAGAUAUACUAAUAUUUGAUCCAAACUUCUUAAUGUGGAAAAUGACCUUGUAAAUUUAAUCAAACCAUGCAUCUUCAAGAAUCUGAUAGUUGUGCUUGUUUGAAUUUACAUAGUUUUCAAAGGAUACUGUUAACUUGUGGCAGGCUCAAGACGAACUUUAAAUAAACAUACCUCCUACACCAAAAAAAAAUGUUCAGCAGAUUUGAAUAUUCUAUAACUACGUAAUGUCUUAAUUAGAAAAAUAAUUGUUUGUCAUCUUUAUUGAUGAGUUGGAAAAGAGCUCUGUCCAAUGGAAUUUAGUGGAAUCCAUGAGAUAUAUUAGGAACUUGUCAGUAAGACCCAAAAUCUCUUUUUGUA